AUGCAAACCUUUUCUCUCCAAAAGUACGGUUAUUUACAAAAUAUGGCGACGUUAAACUUAAAUACCGAAGCAGAGCCGAAGGAGCUGCAAGGAGAACCACGCUGGUCUAGCAUUCGGUAUGCACCACACCCACGUCCUGCACAAUGGACUCACUCCAUCGAUGAAGAGCUGGUACAGCUAGUAACGCAGUCUACUGCCAGCGGAGAGAGAUUUCCUGUCGGCGUCAACUGGCUUGAGGUCUCCCGAGUAGUACGACAGUCUCCGGUGGACUGCGUAAAGCGGUACGCUUUUUUGCAUGACGCUCGUGAUCGAAGUAACACACAGGAAGAAGAGCAUAAUAUGAAGAUCAGACUGGAGAAAAAGGGAGAGACUGAAGUUCUGGAAGAGGAGCUGGAAGGAGCACUCUUAGAUAGCGACGAGUAUCUCGAAAACCAAACUUCGUUGAGUGACUUUGGGACGCCCAUAGCAUCACCCAAAAUAUUGGGUGCUUUUGAUGAGUUUGAAACGAGUCGACCAGCAUCUCCUAACUCUCCACCGCCAUUUGCGAUCUCCAAGCCAAGUAUUUUAAGACAAUCCGAAAACGCUGAAGGGAGCCCAUUUCGAUGGGAAGAUUUAGUCAAUGAUCCAAAGUACACAGCUCCAGUGCUACAUUCGCCACCAAGUCGUAGUCACAAACAGAACUAUCGAGAUCGUCACGAACUUGAAGAUGUCGAAUCGAAGUCCGUGUCGCCAAGACAAAAUCCACGAGGAUUUAUGUUGCCAACCGAUUCAAAGAACCAUAUCAAAGAGAUUGGAAGUGAAUCAGCCUUUUCGCCUUCUGUUCUCACGCACACGCUUAAAGGUGUAAAACUUGGGGUGUCGAUUGGAUCCCCAAUAUUGGGCUCACCUCUUAUUAAAUCUCCCCGCUUCAGCAGAAAAAUUUCCAAUUCAAAGUAUCCCUUUUUGAAAGAUGAAGGUGUUUCUACCCGUCAAUCCCCAGGCAGUAACAUGAGCGAUUACUUUCGCGACCUUGAAGGGGCAGGCAUUCGAGCCGGAAGUUACCCCAAUGAGUCACACGAUGCUACGGUAAACGAGCUACAGAGCCAGAUGAAUGCUCAUCUUCUGCCCAUGUCAGCAACGUCCGAAUUGUCGGCUAUCCACGGCGAUGACCCCUUUUUAGGAUCGAUGACGCAGUCGGCGCUGGAAGACGCUUUUUUAGAUAUGGCGGGCUCGCGUCUGGACGCUUCCAGUAUCCUUCUGGGUAGUCGAAUGUCCACUGCGCGUUUGGAGCAUAUUCUCUCUGAAGACCGUCGAGACGUUACACGUAAAUCAACUGAAUAA